CAGCUCCGCGAUUAACUCGAUCGAUGAUCGACUCGGCCGGCAGAGUGAUAAUAUUGCAGCGCAAAUGAGUUAAUUAAUUUUCAAGCGCGGGAUCGGAGUUGUGCAUUUCAACGCAUAUUUCAAGAUUACGUCCUCACGGACUAUUUACGUAUUGUAUACACGAAUCUUUUUUUCGUGCAAAUAAUCUGAUUGUCGAGUUGAAGGACGAGUAUGCACAUGCGCCAAAUGUAUCAGCUGUUUUAACAGGCUUUCCUCGACAGUUUUCGGUGACAUGCAUCGAAACGAGCGAGAAACUUGGAGGUACAGAGAUUAUUUGGCACAUAUAGUUGAAACUGUCACUCUUUCUGUCACCAAUACAUUGCUCGCAACUGAAGGACAUAAUAGAAUGUCAGAGAGAGAGGGACAAACCAAGUACAAUAUUUCUUAAAGACGUCACAUUCUUAUAUAUAUAUAUAUAUAGCAUAUGCACGAACGAUCGCACGCAUAACGGUGUGGCUGGAAACGUUGGAAAGUACGGAUGUAGAGCGAGGAAGAGCGGUGCCUAACGGUGAUCGGUUUGAGAAGGAAUUCUUUCCAGUCGUCAACUUCGUCUGGCAACUUGAUCUUGGAACUGGUGUUUCGAUUUUAAAUAUCGUGACGAAUAAAUUGAAUCUAUGAUCACUGACGACUUCGUACGAAAAUGUUAUUCGAAAUAAUGUUAAUCUGUUUUUCUAUUGUGCUCGCCGCUAUUGCUCUCGGCAAAACGUGUCUGCUUUGCCAAAUAAAAUAUUAUUACAUUGGGGCAGUAUAUCAUUUUCACGAUGUAUUCAACAUAAUGCGUAAUAAAAUAGAUUUACCUUCAAAGCCGGAUAAAGUUGCAAUUGUUACCGGUGGUUCUAGAGGUAUAGGAGCGGAGGUAGUCAAAAAAUUAUUACAAUGUGACAUGGAAGUUAUAAUCGCUUGUAGGACAACUAAAGCGGGUGAAAAGUUCAUCCAUGAAAUUAGAAAAUCUGGUAUCGCUAGUGGGCGAGCAAAAGUUUAUAAACUUGACAAUUCUUCUCUCGAAUCGGUCAGAGAAUUCGCCAAGCAAAUCAAAACAGACUAUGAUAAAAUUCACAUAUUAAUCAACAACGCCGCUAUUAUGUUUCCCGCUGUCCAUAAAAAAACAGAAGACGGAUACGAUGAACAAUGGGCCGUGAAUUAUUUAUCACACUUUUUACUAACGUCUCUCCUUUUGCCACUAUUGAAAACUGGUGGACGUCCUGACGAAUGUAGCAGAAUUGUUAACGUUACCUCAUGUGCCCAAGAUAUUGCUACUAUAGAUUUUGACCACAUCAAUGAUGCUUCUGGGAAAAUAUUUUGCACGCAUACAGGAUACGGACAAAGUAAAUUAGCACAAACAAUAUCCACAAUAACGUUGCAGAGACUCUUAAAUGACAAAUCAUUGAAUAUAUCUGUACAUUCCGUGCAUCCAGGAAUAGUAAGAACAGAUCUAUUCAAAGAUACGCUCCUAGGCAACUACAAAUUUCUUAUGGCCGCGUGGAAGACACCUGAUCAGGGAGCAACUCCAAUUAUAUAUGCUGCAAUUAACAAAGAUAUUGAAAAGAAAACUGGGACAUAUAUUAGUAAUUGCAAAGAAAUUCCUGUACCUUCAUUAGCACUAAAGGAGGAAAUACAGGAACGAUUAUUUGAAUUAUCUUUAAAACAAGCACAUUUAAAAAAUUUUUUCCAACAUUUAUAAAAGUCAACAGUCUAAUUUUUUAUUUGUACCUGAUAAACGAUUUGUUAGUCAUUGAAUUUAAUACUUCAAUAAACUUACAAAUUAUUUAUUAUUUUUAAUGUAUGUUUAAUACACAAUUAUUUUUAAUAUAAAUUAAUAUUUUUUUAUACAUUGAAAAACUCAUACGGUACAAUCUAUUCUAAUUCUGUGAAAGAAAAAGCUAUAACCAUCUAUGUAAAUAUCAUAUAUGAAAUAUGUAUUUCUGUAAAGAUGACAAUACGACAACUUAAAGAUCUAAGAAAGCCUUUUGUAUGACAAAAGAUAUAAAUUUGCUUAUUCAACAUGUUAUAAUGUAAAAAAAAGAUGUCGUUUAUAGACGUUAUCAUUAUUAUUAUCGUAUGAUGGAUAUAGUUUACAUGAAUGGAUAUUGUAUAUAUUCUUUAAAAAAUAACAUUCGCGCAGUUUAUUACUUUGCUCUUUCUUUACAAGUUUUCUUUACAAUUUUUUUUCUAUUUUCUGCUGUAAGCAACUGUUAUCGUGGAAAUUGUAUAUCUUGACAAUUUGGCAAGUUAUAAUAUUAAUCCCUGACUUUUAAAUUUAUUGUAUAAUCACAUUUGUGUUAUAUAAUCGAAAUCUAAAAAUAAUUUUUUUUUAAUAUUAGUAAAAAAAAUACAUUUUGGAACAAAUAGGUCCAAAAGAGUAACAUUAAAAUAUUAAUAAUUACAAAUUUAUACAUAAAGAUCAGGUUGAUUGAUUUAAGUG